AUGGAGCAGCAGGCCACUUGGAAGCAGGAGGCAGGCGGAACCGGUUUCGUGCUCUUUUCCCACCAACGUGCAAUUAUCUGCUUUUUGCAGCGCUUAGCUUUGGAGCCGCCCGUGGGGCACUCACGCAAUACGGUGGGCGUGGCACGGCACGUUAAGCUAAAUAGGCCAAAAAUCAUCAGUAAAGAUGGAAAUCUAAUUUUCGAAUCCGCGGCCGAUCGGAAUAUCAGUAUCCGACUAAGAGGAAGUUCGGGACUCACUAUCAACGACCAGAUUGAUGUGCUGACGCUUUUAUUAGCCAUUGAAGGCUCCCAAAAUUAUGAUUUUAACUCACCCGGGAAUUUCGAGGAUGUGCAAGAAAUGGCAGAUCAGUUGGAUGAUUUUAAAAGUCGUGCUUUCGGUCCAAACGGAUUACAAAUUCAGCUGCAACAGCUGCAGAUGAGAUCGUUAAAUAUAACGAUGGGUCAGUUCCGCUUGCAUUUCGAAAUCAGGGUCCUGGAGAACAGCAUGGUCGGGCUGCAGACGCGUGUGGAGGCAAACCAAUGUGCAAGUGGACCCUGUCAGAAUGGCGGCACGUGCACGAACACCUAUACUGGCUUUCACUGCGAAUGCCGUUCGGCCUUUGAGGGCAUCACGUGCAAGGUGGAUGUUAACGAGUGCGCCCUGUACCAGGGCACCGAUCUGGGUUGCCAGAAUGGAGCCCAGUGCAUCAACCAGUUUGGCUCCUUCAGCUGCCUGUGCCCAGCGGGCUGGCAUGGGAUGCAGUGCACCCAGCGAAAGGCGGACUGCUCACAGUCAAGUGCCUGGGAACUCUGUGGUCAUGGAUCCUGCGUCCAGAGCUCAGAUGACGCUGGUUAUCGGUGCCUCUGUGAUCCAGGUUGGAAGACCAAUGGUGUGACCCCCGUUUGCACUGUGGAUGUGGACGAGUGCAGCGGGUCAGCGGCCCACACGCCCUGCUCCACCAAGUGCAUCAAUCUUCCUGGCAGUUUCACCUGCGCCCCCUGUCCAGCCGGCUUGAGCGGGAAUGGAAUCAGCUGCCGGGAUGUGGACGAGUGCCAGACGAACAACGGUGGCUGCAGUCUGAAUCCGAAGGUGAACUGCAUAAACACCUACGGUUCGCAUCAGUGCGACGAGUGCCCUUUGGGGUGGACCGGCGACGGAAAGAAGUGCGAGCGGAAUCCUUCGGACAGCAGUGUACCGGGAGGAGCCCCCGGCAGCAGUUGCCCGAGGAGGGACAAUCCCUGCCAUCCGGCAGCUACGUGCCACCUGUUUUCCGGUACAGCAUCGUGCAGCUGUCCCAUGGGCCUGAUUGGAUCAGGAUUUGGACCGAGUGGCUGCAUCAACGGAACAACCUCUAAUUGCUUAGGUCGUACCUGCCUGAACGGUGGCCUUUGUCUGGACGCCGGACCCUUAAACUUCACCUGCCUGUGCCGCCAAGGGUUUCGUCCGCCGAUCUGCGAGCCGGAUACCAGUCCAUGCGAUCUAAAUCCGUGCCAGAAUGGAGGAAGCUGCAGUGUCGUGGGCGCCGAUAGCUUCGUGUGCCAAUGUCAGCCGGGUUACAUUGGUCACAUUUGCUCCGUGCAGUUCAGUAGUUGCAAUGGCAGGCUGAAAUCCCUUAGUGGCAGUUUGAUAUAUCCGCCGGAGGGUCAUCAGCUCGAGCACAAUUCGCAGUGCGUUUGGGUCAUCGGCACCAAUGAAUCGCUGGUGCUGAAUGUGACCUUCAACAGCUUCGACCUGGAGGACUCCACGGAAUGCCGCUUCGAUUGGCUGCAGAUCAACGAUGGCGGAUCGGCGGCUGACCAAGUACUCGGCCGAUUUUGUGGAAACCAACUGCCACGCGGUGGGAAUUUGGUGUCCUCCGGGAAUGAGUUGUUCCUUCGGUUCCGUUCCAACAACGCGACGGCCAAGAAGGGCUUUAAUCUCACGUGGAACUCGAUUCGUCCGCAGUGUGGCGGCAGGUUUGAUUUCGAUAGCCAGGGUACGCUCAGCUCUCCUGGAUCGCCGGGCAAUUACCCAAUGAACAUGGACUGCCAGUGGCAUUUGGUGGCACCCAUUAGCAAGCGCAUCAAGUUGACCUUCUUCCGUCUGCAGCUGGAGCAUCACGCCAAUUGCGACUUUGAUUAUGUGCAGAUCAAGGAUACCAUUUCUGGACGCGUGGUUGCCAAGUUCUGCAGCAGCGCGGAACCGACGCCGCUGCUUUUACUCACCCACCAGGCGGAUAUAAAUUUCCACUCCGAUGCGGAAGGCAGCGAUGCGGGCUUCCAGCUGCACUACUCCGUGGAGGAGUCUCUGCCCGGGUGUGGUCGCAUUUAUACGGACAAGGAGGGCACCAUCUCCAAAUCUCCCUCAGACGGGCCAGAAGAAGAAUUCGUUUCCUGUGAGUACGAGAUCCGUUUAUUUGCCGGCGAACAGAUAGCGCUUCAGUUUGUUCGCCUGGAGCUGGACGACGCCGACUGCUUAGAGCUUUUGGAUGUCACAAAUGAGGGCGUUAUUCACCUGCUGGAAAAGAUCUGUGGAUCAGAUAGGGCGAGCUCUAAUCCCCCUGAUUUCACCUCGCAGUCAAAUCGUCUGAAGAUCAAGUUUUAUGCCCGCUCAGGCAGCUUCGAACUCAACUAUCGGACUUCCUGCGACUUCACACUAGACGCUGCCGAGGGCAUCCUGACCUCACCCGGUUAUCCGAAUUUGGACAAUAGAGAUCAGGUGUGCACCUAUACGAUUAAAGCGGCCCCGAACACGGUUAUCACCGUGAAGCGGAUCGACUUCCAGCUGAAGAGCGUCGAGGACGACGACGAUAAUGUGAACUGCUUGACCACUAACUUGAAGGUAACCGACGCUCUGAACAGGCGGGUUCUGGGACCGUACUGUGGCAAUAAUCAACCGGCGGAAGACUUUGUCAGCCAGACCAACUACCUGCAGUUCCACUUGACCACGGACGCGGACAGUGCGGGACGUGGGUUCAAGUUGGAGUAUAUGGCGCUGCCAAACGGAAACGGCCAGUGCGGUGGAGUUCACACGAUUUCGGGGGAGUUUAUACGGAUGUCGAGAGCCGCGAUUACCAAUUAUGAUAGGAAAGAUCCUUGCUACUGGUUGAUACUGGUUCCAAGGAACAGGGCCAUCCGGCUGCACUGGAUUAGCUUCAGUCUGCACUCCUGCCACUUUACUUCUUUGGAGAUUUUCGACAACUGGGAUCUACUAUUGGGCCAUAAGAAGAACAAGCGCCUGUUUGAAUACUGCGAUAUGGACAUGCCAGAAGAUCUUAUAAUCCACACGCGCCAACUAGUCAUCAAGUUUACCGACAACGUUGGAUUCCAUUUACACGAUAUAAGCUUCGAAUUAUCCUACACCUUCGAGGAUCGUGAGCCGUGCGGUGGCCACUUACACGGAUCCAGCGGGAUGAUAAGUUCUCCGGGUUAUCCGAUGAACUAUUCCGACAGCUUGGACUGCGAUUGGCACUUGACAGGACGGGCUGAUUACCAGCUGGAGAUUGAAGUGGACUUCUUUGAUCUCGAGCAGUCACGCAACUGCUCAGAGGAUUACCUGGAGGUGAGAAACGGCGGAGGAACGGAUUCCCCGCUGCUUGGACGGUUUUGUGGCAGUGACAUUCCCACUCGGAUUCCCAGCUUCGGUCAUGAGUUAAGGCUUCUCUUCCACACGAAUUCAGCGAUUAGUAGGCGUGGCUUCCGUCUCCGUUGGCGGGGUUUGGCCUUUCGAUGUGGUGGUAGCCUUCGAUCCAGCACGGGAGUCAUAAUUUCACCGAGAUACCCAAACCAUUUUCCCAAAAAUUCUUACUGCGAGUGGGAUAUAAGUGUUCACCAAGGAUCGGGAAUUUCUCUGCUUAUCGAGGACAUGUUUUUAGCGUUGCUCCAGCCCUGCUCAUUCGGUAGUGUAAAUAUUUACUUUGAAAGUCGAGUACGAAACAAGGAGCCAGAUGUGACGCUCUGUAGUCAGCCUGAGGAGGGGGGUCGACUGAUCCAUCUUGAGUCUAGCAGGGCCACAAUAGUCUUCCAAUCCAUUUUGUACCUCCCUCAGAGGGGCUUCCGUAUAUCCUAUACUACCAACUGCGUGCAAAACCUGACAGCCAUAUUUGGAUCUAUAGAAAGUCUGAACUACUUGGAAGCCCAAUGGGAUACCAUACCAAUAAAUUGUAGCUGGACGAUCCGAGCUCCUAAGGGCAAUCACAUUCGUCUGGAAAUAUCCCAUUUGGAUCUUAUGCCAAGUUCCCUGCCUGUAGGACUCUACAUCAUAACUGGUCAGGAGAGCCACGAAAUUAUGACGCCUGGAACGCUUUACACAAAUGCGGAAGUUGUCACCGUUGUCCACAACGUCAGCAGUUUGUAUUUCCAACUAGACUACCGCAUGGAAGGAUGCUUGGAGGAAUUGCACGGUGAGAGCGGUUCUUUUCAGUCUCCAAGCUACCCGAAAAUGUAUCCAAACAACUUGGAGUGCUACUGGCUUAUCAAAGUUGAUUUGAACAGUGCUAUUGAACUUAAUAUAACCGACUUAGAUCUCGAGGAUAGCGUCAACUGCACCAAGGACGCGCUGACAGUGUCCAAUCAUGAAAGUGAAGUUCAGAUCCCAGAACGACAUUGUGGAUCCACAGCCAGGUUGCUUAUCACCAGUUCUGGGCAUAAAAUGCAUGUGCGUUUUUUUUCAGACGGAUCGCACAAUGGUCGAGGCUUCAUGGCUCUUAUCAGGCAGUGAAAAGUGGUGACAUGUGGAGGGAAAUUGUCAGCCCGGAACGGAGUAAUUCAGUCUCCCAACUAUCCGUCGCAUUAUCCAAGUGGCAGCCACUGCGAGUGGCAGGUAGAGGUGUCUGCACACCACCGGAUCGUUUUCGAGUUGCAGGACCUUGCUCUAGAAGAUUCAUCUUCCUGCUACGAGGACUACCUUGAGGCAUUUGACCUCGAGAAACACGACACCGAGGGUCAGUUGCUUUUCAAGUUUUGCAAUAACAAUGAUGAAUUCAAUAUACCGAAGAUGUCAGCAACUAAUCUUGCAUUGGUGCGAUUUAUCAGCAAUUUUUGGUACACAAACAAAGGCUUUCGGCUGCACUUCCAUGAGUCUUGUGGACAGACGGUGGUUAUAGACGACACGGACGUAAAGUACAUCCAUUUAGAGCGCCAGGCGCCGCGAAACGAGACCUGUGUGUGGGUGCUCCAGAGCAAGGAGCCCAGCAAGCUCAUCAUCUUUACGCCCACGGACAUAAAGCUGCGCGACGAAGCCAACACAAUGUAUCCCACAGAGGAGGACUGCUUUGCAGUGGGCGUUAAGAUCUACGAGGGAACAGAAGACACUGGAUCACCACGUCUCCAAUACUGCCGAUUACAUCCACCCGCCUUAAUCUCCAAUGGCCCGGCGCUGACUAUCAGUGUACCUCUGAUGCUGGUGGAGGAAUUCGAGGGUUACUACAUGGUCAUGGACACGGCCUGUGGAAGCGUUUAUUCAGCCUUGUCUGGCCGAUUUAGUUCACCUGACUAUCCCGCCUCGUAUCCGCCGAAUAUUGAAUGCAUCUGGGUUCUGCAGACCAAUCAUGGCAACUCCAUCAGUCUCACCUUGGAGGCAAUGGAUAUCGAGGAAUCGGAGGGUUGUAAUCGGGACUAUCUGGAGGUGCGCGAGGGUUCGGACAAGGGAAACCUAAUUGGGACCUACUGUGGCAAGCAGGUGCCUAUGACCAUUCACUCGCUUAGUUCUAUCUGGAUGAAGUUCAGGAGCGAUGACGUCAAUGUGGGCGAUGGAUUUGUGGCUUCCUACAACUACGAUCGCCACAACUAUUUGAAUGGCACUGAUGGCUUUGUGGAAUCGCCGCACUAUCCCAGCAAGUUCGAGGAUUCCCACUCGUACAGCUGGCUUAUUACCGUGGAUGAGGGAUAUGUGAUAAUAAUAACAGUGCUCAACCUUAGGGAUGUGGACCAACAGUAUUUGUUAUUCUACGAUGGUUAUUCGCCUAAUGAUCCUCCUAUCGAGGUCAUAGAUCCGGAAGAGCCUUUCCGAUCUAGCGCGAAUGCAGUCUACUUUACGGCCAGCAGGGGUCCCUUCCGACUAAGUUGGCAGCGGAUGUCCAAAGAUCCACUUCAGAUCACAGAGAACAUGACCUCUUGUCACCACCAGUUGUUCACAAUCGAUGCCAUGGCCGUCAAUCGACGAGACAUGGUGUUGCAAUCACCAGGCUAUCCAAAUGGCUACGGAAACCUAUUGCGCUGUGCUUGGAGUUUGCUUCCCUCAAUGAAAGCAGAACAUGUGGUUCUUCAGCUGAUUGACGUUGAUCUGGAGGUUUAUAGAAGUGCCGACGAGUGUCUAGCAGAUUACGUGCAAAUCUCCAGCAGUAAGGACCUCAAGACAUGGUCAAAAUUAAGUACGCUGUGCAGUAUGCCCAAUGACGGGAAUGCAACAAUUUUUCACGGUAGGCCGUAUCUCCGAGUGGAUUUUAAGACUGAUGCUUCGCAUAAUAAGACGGGAUUCAAAGCUUCAGUGCGUACGGACUGCGGAUCACAUAUUAUUGCCUCCGAAGGACAUGUCAACGUAAAAGAUUUCCUGGUUCAAUAUAACAUUGGAAUCCAAGAGUGCGUGUGGACCUUGGAAGUGCGGCAAGGCAGGAGAAUCAAAAGUUUUCCCGAAUCGCAGUUCCAGAACCAAGUUGCCGGCAGGAUCGAUAAUUUCCUAGUAGUGCGCAAUGGAAACGAUGAAGAUUCUCCCUUCUUGGGCAUUGGAAAAUACAGCGAGGAUAAUAUACAGGGAGAACUGACAACCGAUUCAAAUAGAGCGUAUUUAAAGGUACAUUACGUAGGUACACCGCGCUUCCUGAUGUCCUUCCGAUUCAGAGAAUGGUCUAACGACUGCUCCACCAGAAUCCAUCUCUCCAAAGUCGAGGACGAGGAGUCCAUCAGUUCACCCUUAUACCCACAACCGCCCCACCCCCACAUCGAAUGCGUGUGGAUUGUGACAGCUCCGCUUCAGCACAGAAUAGUGCUGCACUUCCAGGAUAAAUUCGAUCUGGCCGGAGAGUGCCACCGAGAGUUCGUACAAGUGAACGACGGAUGCACAGAGCUAAGACCGGAGAUUGGUAGCUUCUGCGGAAGUCGAAGCCCGGGCACUAUCUACUCCUCCGGAAAUCAGCUCAGGAUUCGCUAUUACACAGAUACUCCGGAGCCGCAUACGGGCUUCAGAGCCAGUCUGAAACUGGCCCGGUGCGGUGGCUCCUUCCACAGCCCCGUGGGGGUUAUAGAAUCCCCGCCGCGCAAUCUGCUACUCAAGCACGACAAGGAGGACGAGGAGCAGAAGGAAUGUGUUUACACCAUCGAACUGGAACAGUACCAACUUAUCGAGCUGAAAAGCGAAUAUAUACAGCUCCCCGCGAUGGAGAACGGUUACUGUCCCCAGGGAGAAAAUCUAGUGAUCGAGGAGAUGGAUGGCGAGAAGCGCAUUACAAAUAGCAUGAUUGUGUGCGGAGACACUCCGCAACAUCUGGUCACUGAGUCCAACAAGGUUGUUGUCCGGUACCGCUUUCUAGAUAGCGUUCCACCGGCGGACCAGGGCUUCAGCUUCCGCUACAACGCAGUGGGCUCCCGCUGUGACGAGACCAUUAGGGCCAUUCAGGGCGUUCUUCAGACCCCCGGCUACCCACAGGGAACCAAUACUUUUACGCACUGCGUAUGGCGACUGGAGGUUCCGAAAGGCCAGAGAGUACGCCUGGAAAUCGUGGACUUUGACUUGCCCAAAAUGAACAGUAAUGUUAUCACAACCGAAAGUCAUUUCGCGAUAGCCAACGAUCACCAAUUCCAGUCCCUCCUGUGGCGCUAUGACAUUGACAGUGAUCGGCCCUCUUCGAUUGAGUCCUGCGACAACACAAUGGCCAUCAAAGUUUCCCUGCCUUCCAAUGGUCAUCGUGGGUUAAAGCUGCGCUUUAAGGCCUUCGGAACCAGUUGGUGCCCCCGGUUUCAUUUCGAGCAAAACGUGGUUAAUGAGAUGGCCUUCGAGGGUUUCAAUCUCACCCAGCCACUUUACUGCAUCUACGACAUCAAGCCACCGUUAAACAGUACCAUUCUGAUUCAGGUAAGCGACUUAAAAUUAGCUGUACCGAUGUUCAGCUGACACCUUU